AUGUCUGGCAAAACGACGAGCACGACCAACAACAUAGCCCAGGCCCGAAGGACUGUCCAGCAGUUAAGAAUAGAAGCCUCAAUAGAAAGAAUAAAGGUGUCGAAAGCGUCAGCAGACCUCAUGCUGUACUGUGAAGAGCACGCCAAGAAGGAUCCGUUGCUGAUGGGCAUACCCGCUUCCGAGAACCCUUUCAAGGACAAGAAGACCUGCGUUUUGUUAUAG